AUGGAUAGAGUACUACGAAGAGGCUACAUAGCCCGCGGGCGGCCGCCACGGGUCGGGGCUACGCGGCUACUGCUACGUGGCACCUACGCUGCUGCAGCUACGCGGCGCCUACGUUGCGUCAACCACGCGGUAACUACGCGGCUGCGGCUACGCGGCGCCUACGCGGCUGCGGCUACGCGGCGCCUACGCGACUGCGGCUACGCGGCACCUACGCGGCUGCGGCUACGCGUCGCCUACUCGGUAGCGUUGCGCUCGUGGCGCAGCAACUCGUCGAGGUUGUCGAUCUCGAUCUCGUGCACGUGCUUGCCCGCGAAGUGCACGAAGUCGUGGGGGGGCGCGUCGGUCGACCUCUUGCGGACGCGCAUCUUGCCUGCGGAAAUCGUAGCGCGCCAGUUUACA